UUCACUCUGCAUAUAUAAACACACACCCACACGCUUCCCUUUCAGUUACCUUUCUCAUUCUGCAUAGCAUUGCUCUCUCUCUCUCUGUGUUCGAGUUCAAAACCCUAGCAUCCUCGAGUUUCGUUUUUUCCUUUAGCAAACAGAGCUCCAUUUUCUUCGAUACUUUCUUUCUCUGAAGUUUCACAGAGUUGUACUGAGAGAACAAUGGGACUUUCCACCAACUUUGAAGAUUCGACGGACCGGCGUUUGUUGAAGCAAGUCCACGACAACGUUCACGGCAACAUCUAUCUCGAGCCGGUCGCUCUGAAGUUCAUAGAUACUGAGGAGUUUCAGAGGCUUCGUGAGCUAAAGCAGCUUGGUUUAUCGAACAUGGUCUACCCAGGGGCAGUUCAUUCUCGGUUUGAGCAUUCACUAGGAGUUUAUUGGUUGGCUGGCAAAGCUGUUGAUACUAUUAAAACUUGUCAAGGCUUAGAGCUUGGAAUUGAGCGUUCAGAUAUUAAAUUAGUAAAACUUGCUGGACUACUGCAUGAUGUUGGCCAUGGGCCAUUCAGCCACAUGUUUGAGAAGGAGUUUCUUCCUCGGGUUUUUAAUGGCUUCCCAUGGUCUCAUGAGGAUAUGUCUGUGAAGAUGGUAGAUCACAUUGUUGAUGAGCACAAUAUUGACAUUGAUUCUGAAUCCCUUACGAAAGUGAAGCAAAUGAUCACUGCAAGCUCUGAACAUGAUUCAACAGAAAAUAUGAAGGAAAAGAAGUUCUUGUAUGAUAUUGUUGCAAAUGGUCGAAAUGGAAUAGAUGUUGACAAGUUUGACUACAUAGUUCGGGACUCUCGGGCUUGUGGUCUUGGCUGCAAUUUUCAUUUUGAGAGGUUGAUGGAAUCUAUGCGAGUUAUGGGUGACGAGAUAUGUUACCGUGCUAAGGAUUAUCUGACAAUCCACAAGUUAUUUGCCACUCGUGCUGAUUUGCAUCGAACAGUCUAUACACAUGCUAAAGUGAAGGCAAUAGAACUCAUGGUUGUUGAUGCUCUGUUAAAAGCAAAUGAUUUUCUUCAAAUUGCAUCCUCAAUUCGUCAACCGGCCGAAUUUUGGAAGUUAGAUGACUCAAUCUUAAAAAUCAUUGAAUUUUCUAAUGCACAAGAGCUCAAGGAAGCAAGAGACAUUAUUCAACGCAUUCGAAGAAGGGAGCUAUAUCAGUUUUGCAAUGAGUUCUCUGUCCCAAAGGACAAGAUGGAGCACUUCAAAAAGAUCACUCCCCAAGAUAUCAUUUGCUCCCAGAAAACGGGUGGUGUGACGCUAGAAGAAGAAGAUAUUGUUGUGAGCAAUGUUAAGAUCGAUUUGACACGAGGAAGAAACAACCCUCUUCAAAGCAUCAAAUUCUUCAAGGAUUAUGACAGUGAUGAGGUAUUCCCAAUCCAAGAUGAUCGCAUCAGCCACUUGCUGCCUGCAUUUUACCAAGAUAUGAUAGUGAGGGUGUACUCUAAGAAGCCUGAACUGGUGGAAGCAGUGUCUGAGGCCUUUGAAAACUUUCAGCUGGAGACUUAUGGAAAGAAAGCACAGGUUCAUUCAACUCCUGACUCAAAAAAGCAGCGCCGGAGAUAAUUGCUUGCUAGAAGAUGUGUAUGACCUUUAUAUUUUUCUUAAUUGGAACAGGUUCAUAGUCAUUGAUAAAGAAACAUAGUAAUGCCAUGAGCAAAUGUGCAAUGUCCAUAUAUAAUGAAUAAUAUGAGCAAAUGCGUUAUCCAAAUAUCUCAAUUCCAGGUAUAAAUGUAUAAAAUGAAUCUCACUCAAUUUGCUUGGAUACCCAAGCUUAAAAUUUCCAUAUUGCUCUCAUAUAUACCAGCUAUUGGGGCUGUACUAUAGUGUUUUGAUUGCGAUUCUAGUUUGUGUAUUCAA